UUGCGACCUGACACGAGCUUAAUAAUGCCACCCGGGGAUCUUGAUUUUAUAUGUUCGGAGGCUGGCGAAGUCGUAUUGUAACCCAGGGGACUGACUGAAUAAUUGCUUAAAAUUUGUAUGUAGUUAUUCGACACAUAUCCUUCUACGUCACAAAGCGUAAAGCAAUCCAGCAGAGCUCGUCAUAGGAGCUCAGAGGAUCGAUGAAUUCGCCCCGUUAGGCCCAGUGGCACCCAGUCGCCGCAUGUACUCGCUCCAGUAGUAUGCGUUGUGGCUUUAUCAGAUAGCAGCUGCACCGAAUUGCUCCAUGCCAUCAUGUAAAACUGUGCCGCGAGUAAAGCUCAUCUCGAGUACCUCACAGGCGACAUGCUUGAGCGGGGUACCUUACGCGAGUACUGCUCGUGAUCAAACAUCGCGUCAUACAGUUGCUGAUAGAGAUAGACAAUCCGCAAGAGUAGCAUCUGCUCUCGCUGUCUUCGGCCGUCCUCGCACUGGUCCUGCCUUAUGCCCAGGGUCCGGCUCGCCUUUUAUCAGCCGACAGUGGAAAUAAAUACUUAGUGGCAGCAGGUACAGUUCUCAACACCCCGCCCUGUCUCACCACAGGGCUAGUGCAGAGGAAAUCAUUCUAUUCCUUCUACAGGUCCGACCUCAGAGCUGUUUCGGUACAGGACAUGGUAUUCAGAAGGGGGGCCGGUUGUCUAAGGCUUGCGUCGCCCAUGAUCAUCUUCUUGAUUUUGGCCUGUUCCAGUACCAGCUAAUCUAAUCCGGCUGCGGUUCAAUCAUUGUAACUGGCAGAAUGAGUCGGCUACAUUUGGAGUGGCAGGUCCUACCGGAUGUCCAUGGCCGAGUGAAAUCACCUGAUGAACGCAGAUCGAAACUUUGCGGUUCUCAUCCGUCGAACGUCAUCUCGGUACUGGAUAUUUUGAGCUAUCUUUGCCACAACACGAUGGCAUUCCAAAAAUGAAAGUACAGAGCGCGGGAGAUUGAGUGAGUGUGAGGGAAGACAACAUUUCUCUGGACUAAGGCAGAAGACACUCAGAUUUAGAGCUUCUGGAGCUUUCGGAGAAAAGUAAAGGUCUGAACUUGAUAUAUCACUUGUGGAUGGGAGGUUUACACGCAGACGUUCAGCAUUUAUUUCUGCCAAAUUCGUCAAACAGAAGUGCUUUUGGUACCUGCUGGCUUCUCAUAUAUACAGAUAAGCUAGAUACAAGCGCACUAGAGUCACGCACUUCCUACAAGCUUUGGAAUCGACAAUGAUGAUCACUGUCACCGAAACACCAGGUUCUGGUCAAAUCACUCCACCGUAGUCACGAUUAUCAAGACUUUUAGGAAACGGAGAAGCUGCGAUAAAGAUCAAUAGUGCUAGACAGAGCUUUCACAUUAUUUAUCUAUAAAUUUGUAAAAAACAGCAUACGUUGAGUCAACUUUCACCAUAAAACCAACCCAAAGUACCGGACUAGCGGUUUGUUGAUCUUUCACGUGUGAUUACAAAGGACGUUCACUCGUAAAAUGUGACACCUUCAACUUUCUAACAUGGGAGUUGAACCGUUGUCUAGAGAAGUAGAAAGGUGCAUCUGCUGAUGUCUGCAAUUCCUACACUAGUUGCCAUGAAAUUCAAAAUACUGCCUAUGCUCACUGCAAGCACUACUACUAGUCUUGUCGAUGUCAAGACGCAAG